GAAAAGAGAAGGGGUCAUACAGGUAGCAGAAAUGGAGGGUGUGUUUGCACCUCAACCAUAACUGAGCCAGUUUAGGCUAAACCUGACUCCCCCUUACUCCAACCAACAGGGAGGGAGGAAGGCACACAUGCAGGUGUGAUUCAUCUCCCUCCAUUCUGUUGAUGCUAAACCUGAGGACCCUUCUGUAGAAACUGCAGCUACUGGUCCACGUUCGGAAGCCUUCCUCGUUUCCAAGCAGAAAUCAGCCAGAGACGGGCCAGGUUCUGCUGCAGAGAUACAGAAAAUAAUCCAACUGAGUCCAUUCCACAUCACUCCGGUUCUUUUGCAGAGACAGAUCACGUUUUAAUAGAACAUAAGUCAUUAAUGGGUUUUCUGUUUGAGGAAACUUCACUCCAUCCUGAGGAAGUACAGAGCAACAGCAGAGAGCAAUGGUGCAACCCAUUGUAUGGUUCUGAACUGUUUGGAUAAGAGCAACCAGAUCAUAACUACAGAAAAAAAGAACCAAGAGGCUCCUGGAUCUUCCCUGAGGAACAGAAUGGGGAUUUAAGAGUCUUGCUUCUGAGAACCACCAGACGUUUCAGACAUAGGAAGGCCUCCAACUAGACCCUGGAGUCUCCUGAGAAGAUAUUUCCCUGGAAUGUCUUGGAAAAAUGUCAAAACAUUUGUUGUGUUUGGGCCUGCAAACUGCUCAGAUGGUCUAUGCUGAGCUGGGACCACUAUCCAAAGCUCCUACAGUAGGAAUAUCAGAACUGGACCACAGAGCGAUGAACCGAAGGAAGAAGGUGUCCUUGUCUGAUGGAUAUUGGCCCUCGGUCCGUCUGUUUCCCAAAGAAGACAUGGCACCAGGAUGCACAAUGGCAUCAAGGUGAUCCAGUGAGGGCAGUUUAGAUAAAGUUCUGCUGGGAGACCUCAGGUCCGACAUUCUUGUAGGUGUCAGUUUUUGUCAUGGAGCCCCUACCUGAACAUGGUUCCUGACAGAGUCCAGUCACUGAGCCAGAAUUUUCUGACGGCUUCUUCCAGCAGGAUAAGGCCCCCUGUUGGGUUGCAGGAAUACCGACCCUCUGGUUCCUGAAGAUCUGAUCAGGUUGCAUGAACCGAAGUUAGUCUCUGCAGUAAUACUUGGUCUUUCAGGCCUCCGUUAUGUUCAGAUGGCCCAGUUUCGCAGGAACCUGUUGGUUCUUCAUCCUCUUUAAACCAGGUGAGAAACACAUCAAACAUCCAGGAGACCAAGAAUCAUUAAUGAAGGUGAAACCCAGACUUGAUUGGAGUCAGAGCCAUCAUGAAGAAUUACAGCCACUGGUUACCAGUAUGAGCAGCAUGAACCCGUCUCAGGAGAGACCAGGGCUGGUUCAAAUCGUUGGACCAGGAGAAGCGGAUCAGUUUCCCAGGUUGGAAUAAGACCGUCCUUUGGAACCAGUGGAGGAUUUGUCCGGGGUCAACUGGAACAAUGGGAGUUGUCCUCAUCCUGGUUGGAUAAGGUCUGAGCAACUGCAUGAAAAUCCUUCAGGAAUGUGUUUGUGAAGAAGGUUUCUGCUCUCUGGCUUCCAGUCUUCUGUGAUUACUGUAAUCCGGUCAGAGCACCUUAACUCCUCACAGCUGAGAGUCAGACAGGAACAGGUGGCUGGGCGCCUCCUGCUCCUCCUCCUGUUUCUCCUCACAGUCACACUCUCUCUGCUCAGCCCGGCUGCUUGUUGAGAUGAAGAUCAGCGGGCCCCCUCACUCAGUGGGGAGCUAACAGAACCCAGAGCUUUGUCUGCCAGGCUGCAGAGCAGAGAGGCAGAUAAGAAGAAAGGAUCAGAGGAGGAGGUCACUCCUGCUGGGAAACGUAGCUGCAGUGGGAAUAAUGGGAGCUUCUUAUGGAAAGAAGAAGUCGUACAGCAUCGACCACGAGCCUCUAUCCAAGCAGGAGUGUGUGAAGAACAGAAAGCAGCCGAAUGGCAGAGCCUCAACAAACUCUGACCUGCAGCGGCAUCGUUGCGAUGAUAUCCAUAGGAGGCCGUCCCCGGCGUCCAGCUACAUCCCCCCACCCGAUUAUAUGGACGGAGAUGAGGAUGAGGACCUGAUCAAGCCCAAGAAGCUGGUGAAUCCCAUCAAAGCUUCUAGAAGCCACCAGGAGCUUCACAGGGAGCUGCUGAGCAGCUGCAGACGCGGGGGCAGCGGUGUGGAGACCAAACCGGAGCUGCAGAGGGUUCUGGAGUCCAGGAAAAGGGAUCAGUUGAUCCGACAGAGGAAACAGGAAGAAGAAGCUCGCAGGAAGAUUUCCCCUCUGGAAGCCGAGCUGCUGAAGAGACACAUGAAGCUGGAGGAGUCUGCAGGGAAGCUAAUGCAGAUCUGGAACAUUGACUGGAUGAUCAGGUUCAGACCAUCUGGAUCAGUUUGAACCUGCUGUCGUGUUCAGAGACAAAGAGCUCUGCUGGACCGUCAACAGGAACAGCAGCAGGAGGAGAACCUGAGAGCUCCAGAGUUUGUUAAAGUUAGAGAAAAUCUGAGACGGACGUCCUUCCAUGCAGACGAGGAGGUGUAGAGAUGGAGACACAAAGUGUCCAAAGGACAAAAUGAGGACAGGAUGCUCUGAGGACAUAAGCAGAGUGUCCCUAUUAAGACUCUGGGAGGAAAGCGACAGCAGCAGCUGUGAAACUUUCUCACAUUGAUCACUGAUCAAUCAGCUCUGAUAGAAAAACUGAUUAAUGCUAAUGUUUCCUAAUCAUGAUGAUGAUUUCAGUGUAAGACAGCUGCUGCCACCUAAUGGUCAGCUUGUAGACAGCAGCACCUGGGUAAGCAGGUAGAACCACCUGAGGAGGAGGAUGAUGGACCUGAAUGCUGUUCUUCAUCAACUUGAUGUUUUAUAGUUCCUCCUACUUUGAUCAGGUGGACAGAAAAUCUGCUCUUAUUGGUCAGGAUGAUCCUCAGGUAUUUCGCCUGAAACUGACAUCAUCAAACAGCGUCAGCAGGUUGUUCUUCUGCUCCUCUGAUCAGUACACUUCUUCUUCUUUGUGCCUUUUCUAACAGGAACCUGUCUUCUGUGUAGAGGCUCCUGCUGCAGAACGAGAAACAUGUUCAAAUCAAAGGAGUUAAUCAGCUGUUAAAUGAUACAGAGACAUUUUUAAACAUGUAAUCAUGUGAGAUCUAUGCUUUAGAGCUAAGUUCUGGGACUUUAAUAGAAAUCAGAUUUAUGUUCCUGUAGGAACAGCUGCUAACAUCUGGUCCGCUCAGCAGCAGCCUGCUGGGAUCUCCAGUGUUGUGUUGAGGGUGUAUGAACUUAAAGAGACCUGAGGAAACUGGGAUCUGCUCAAUGUGGAGACAAGAACCUUCCUGUUAGACUGAGAACAUCUGCAGAGUUUUUCCACAGAUCUUUCAUUUCUCUGAGCACCAUCGGUACAGCAGGAUUAACAGGUGUGUUACAUUGUGUUCAGAUUAUAUAAAGUAGGGUUUUGUUAACUAAGGUUAUGCCUGAAUAAAUCUUUAUUAAAGCUGC